AUGUCCCACGGGAAAAUGCAUGUGGCACUGUCUCUAGUCCUCAUCCUCUGUGGCCUUUUUAAUAGUAUCUUCUGUGAAAAGCAACAAGACUCCCAACAAGAUAUCAACUUAGCCUUAUUAAAGAAAAUUUCAUCUCUCUCCCAGAAGAUGGAAGCUGGCUCUAAGGCAUUUGCCCAAGAGUUGUUCAGGGCUUUGAUAAUUGAGGAUCCCAGAGAGAAUAUCAUCUUCUCCCCCGUGGCCAUCUCUAUCGCCAUGGCCACCCUCUCCCUGGGGAUCAAAUCCACAACAUGCACCAACCUCAUUGAGGAUCUGGGACUUCACCUUAGAAAAAUCCAAGUGUUGGACAUGCACCAGCAUGAGCUAGUGAAGCAGGAGCAACUGAAGCACGAGAACAUUCUUUUUAUCAAUAACAACAAGAAGAUCAACCAGAUGUUUCUGCAGGAGAUAGACAGGGUACAUGAAGUGGACAUCCAGGUGAUUGACUUUAAAGAUACAGAAAAAACCAAGAAGGCCAUCAACCACUAUGUGGCUGAAAAAAUACAUAAGAAAAUCAAAGACGUAAUCACCCACCUGGACCCUCAGACCGUCCUGUGUCUUGUCAACUACAUUUUCUUCAAAGGCAUUUGGGAAAGAGCUUUUCAGACCAACCUCACGCAGAAGGAGGACUUCUUUGUGAAUAAAAACACCAAAGUGCAGGUGGACAUGAUGAGGAAGACAGAACGGAUGAUUUACAGCCGCUCAGAGGAGCUGCUUGCUACCAUGGUUAAGAUGCCUUUGAAAGGAAAUGUGUCCAUAAUUCUUGUGCUCCCAGAUGCAGGACAGUUCAACUUUACUCUAAAAGAGAUAACUGCUAAGCGAGCUAGACUUCAGAAGGCCAAUGACUUCAGAUUGGUGCACUUAGUUUUGCCCAAGUUCAAGAUCUCCUCCAAAACAAACUUAAAACAUCUCCUUCUCAAGACUCACAUCAAAGGUAUGCUUACUACAACAGCAGACUCCUGGAGCAUCAUAAAGAAGGCUUCCCUAUCUAAAUUGGAGGCCGUGCAUCAAGCCGAGAUAGAGGUGAGCGAACAUGGCUUAACCACGGAUGCAGCCAAGUACGUGGACAUGUGGAAGGUCCCCGUGGACAUGAAGGAGGUACCCGUGGCCGUGAACUUCAACAGACCCUUCUUGCUGUUUGUGGAAGAUCAGAUGACUCAAAGAGACCUCUUUGUGGGCAAAGUCUUAAAUCCCAAAACUGAGUAG